UGCAGGUGUGAGAAGUAAGAACAGCACAAUGACGACCGUGUCAUCAAAAUUUUUUAGUGCCUUGUUGCUCAUUACCUUCAUCGUUUCUGUCUGGGUCGUGCUGUGUACCAGCUUCAUAGACACCUCCCGUGUAUUUGGUUUCUUCGCCCAUAGAAUACAAGAAACAAAGAAAAUGACAACAAGCCGUCUUCUUUCAUUCUCUGUGAAUGGUAACGGAAAUGAGAUCAUUCCUUAUCAAACCCAGGGAGAGCCACAUCGACAGGAGUCCUUGCAGGGCCGCAACACAGGCCUUGACAGCACUCCUUCAAGAAACUCAGCAUCAGAUAUCUCCGAGACAGAUCUCAUGUCGGAAGAUGCGAUACCCUCCCGGUUCAGAGCAAGGCGGGCCAGGGUGUUGGAAGUGUGUAACAAAAACGAAAACCUCGAACGCAAUGUUGAGCUUAUAAGAUUCCGCUCAAUUUUCUAUUCCCAGAAAUAUAACCUGAUGGUCUGCGCCGCACCCAAGGUGGGGUCUUCGACGUGGAUCACGUUCAUGUUACUCAUGCGUGGCAUGGAGGGCAAUAGAACCAAAAAUGUACAUACCAGCAAAAUGCUAGCGCUAGUGCGUGCCCAAAAUGUGCUGGGGAAGGAGGCGACGCGGCACGUUCAGUCAACCACCACCCUCAUGAGCGUCAGGCAUCCCCUCGAACGACUCAACUCCGCCUUUAGAAGCAAGUUUGCCAACGGAGGACCUCUACACAAACACCUAUCCCCUAGUUUUUACAGUAUGUUCUGGAAGCCUGCUCUCAAGAUGUUAAAUAAGAACCCAGAUGUGGAGCAGUACAUCACCUUCGCGGAGUUCCUGCAGUACGCUAUGUAUCGCGGCGACGCCCACUGGCUGCCUAUGCAUACCAUGUGCUCACCCUGCGCUAUGCAUUAUGAAUAUUUUGUGCGUCUCGAGACUUUCAGUGAGGACAUGCAGUACCUGAGCCACGCGUUGUCAAAUCCCAUACUUGAUCUUCAAGUGCACAUGAACGAGAAAAGGAAGACCACCAAGGGGCCACAGCACGGGAUGCAACAGACGGACCACACCCAGCUAUCAAAUUCCACUUUGCUCAUCUACCGCCAAGUGCCCUCCGAACUCCUGGCCAAGGUGCUACAAAUUUACCGCCCCGACCUGGAUCUGUUCGGCUACCAGGUUCCCGAGGAGUUAACGCGGCGGGCAGGUCUGUUACACGGGUCCCAUGAGUAAUUCCGCCUUGUUCGCGACGGCGCAAAAUCUAGAGUUGCUAAGUUAGUCGAGUUUCUUGGUGCUCGUGCUACAAAGUUACUGAAUACCAGGAACUGUAGCCGCAGUGUUUCCUGGCCUUAUUGUGACUACUUUUAAUUGUGUGUGUGUGUGUGUGUGUGUGUGUGUGUGUGUGUUUCUGAACUGCCCAAAGCAGGGUUCGGUAGGUAAUAUAAGAUAAAAAAAAAUUAUCUUGGAAUGUAAAUAGUAUAUGUACAAAACUAAAGAAGGAUAAUGACCAAUAGUUGUUGUCAGACUAUGACAUAAUGUGUUUGUGUGAAGUGAAAACAUCUUUGCUUAUAGCUUUUCCUGGAUAUGUGUGUUACAAGAAUAAGGUGGUAGGUUCAGCUGACAAAGGUACUAUAUUAGUCGUUAAGAAGUAUCUAUCAGGACUUAUAUACAGUGUUGACACCAGUGUUGGAGACCAGGUAUGGGCAGAGUUCAUAAAUAUCCCAAGAACUGU